ACGGUGCUUCGACCUCCAAAACGGAGGGCGUAAUGCUAAUACGACAGCUUGAGUCGGAGUCAGAGACCUGAAACGCUGAAUUGUUGUUACAGUUGGUAGCCAUGGCUGCAGCUACCGUGAAACUGCUUCUACCACUGUCAUUUUUUCUUCUGAUGCCGUCGUUUCUUCCGAUUGCUGUCGCUUACAGACCCGGCGACAUCGUUCCCAUGAGCCGCAUGGGUCAAUACCAUUCCUCGCGAACCGUGUGGCACGACCUCAUUGGUCGCCACUGCCCCAUCUUCGCUGUAAAUCGCGAGGUGUUGAUGCCAAUACCCAAACCCACGGGUUUCACUGGUGCUGAUGCUUAUAAAUUAUCAUUUCAAGUUGGGAGGGAAAAGUUUUUAAUCCCAUGGCUUCUUGUGGUUAAUCGUAAAAGUACAGAGGUUCCAAUGAUUGAAGUCAAUCUGAGGUAUUCAGGAAGUGAUUUGCAUGGUGUCACGGCUAAAGUUGUGGAUAUGCCUCAUCACUAUGUUGAAAUUCACCCUGAGAUUCGUAGACAAUUCUGGGACCCUGAGCAUUGGCCCAAGCAUGUACUUGUCCGAUAUACAUGGAAGGAGCACUCAGAGAUAGAUGUGAAUUCAGGAUUUUUUGUUCUUUUUGGUUCAGGGCUCAUGUUGUCAUUCAUCCUUUCAAUCUACGUAUUGCAAUCAUCGCGUGACAAAUUCGAAAGAUUUGUAAGGGAAACGGUUGUAGAAAGCAACCUGGCUGGUGAAGUGGUAGCAAAGGUUGAAUGAUGCAAUGUACACAUUGGAAUAUUGUAUUCGUGAAUAGACAAGAUCUGUUUUGGUGGUAGAGAAAGAGAUUUUGUUGUUUUAUCACACAAGGUAAGAACCAGUUGUUUCUUGAUGACGGAGGUGAGAGUGCGAGUUGGAGUGUAUUAAUUUUAUCAGGACGAGCUGUGCAGUGGGAAGCACCGAAAGUUGAGAUAUUGGGUGUAUUAGUUCAUGGGGAAGGCUGAAUUGUUACAACACUGCAUUAGGUUAAAUACUUAAAAUGCUAUACAAAAAUAAAUCAGAAUGUAAGGUAUUAGUUGAAAGUGAUCGGAAUCAUUUUGACCUUUUCCCUUGUCAUUAAAUUGGUCCUUUUCUUGUGAUAGUUGUUUAUCUUCAUUCCACCACCUUGACAAAUCACUGACACUCCCAAGAUAUCCUUCCCUGUCUAGUAGAUGAAAUUAUUUUGUUUUUCUCCCGAAGACUCGUCAUUUCUUUGUCUUGUAACUUGAGAAGUGUUAGUAAUAUUUUUGUAAUACACUCUUUUACAUUU